AUGAUAACUGGUCAGCGGCCGGUGGCUCCCAGGGCCGGAAGCGUCCCUUCCUGCCGCCGGACCCGGGCCCUGGGCGAGGCCGCAGAGGCAGGAGCACCCGGGCGUCGCCGUGGGGAGUCGGCCCCCCACCCGUGUGUGCUCAGUGAUUCACACCCGUUACUCCUGAGCAAAGGCCAAAGGGCAGCGCCGGGGGCAGAGGGGACAGCCAGCCCCCAGGGCGCCUCCCGGGGGUCCAUGGGGGGGGGCAGGCCUGGAGAACUCUCCGGAGAGCCAGCCGGGCCCGAGGAGGGCGGCAGGGGUCGGGGAAGUGGGGACCAAACCCUUCAGCCCAGGCGGGUGGCGGUGGGGGCGGCCCCUCUGGACCACCUGGCCGGGGCUCACAACGGGUCUCGCAAUCAAUCCACUCCCGGGCCGCUCGGACCCCCACUCUCCACCACUUGUGACCGUUUCUCCCCGGUCCCUAGGCUGUUGGUUGCCCUAACUGUCCCCCAACUGCCAGCGGCCCCAGGGUUCCGAGCCGGCUCUCGGCUCCCUGAGGCUUCCCAGCGGCUCCCCCCCGAGCACGGCUGGGGGCCGUGGAGAGUCCCUGGGGAGCUGCUCGCGGGGGUAAAGGAGGGGAAGCGAGGCCCCGACGCCGGGGGGCUCCCUGGGCCUCCCACUACCGGCCAGCACCCCGCCCUCGGACCCCCGGAGCAGGGAGCCCGAGGGGCCGCCCCGCCUGGCCCAGCGGAGAUUUGCGGCAGCUUCUGUAGCCCCGUCGCCCGUCUGCGGGGGGCAAAGGCUCUCCCCAGCCCAGGCCCCUGUUUAAGCUCCGGCCCGGCAGAGGCAGCUGGGGAGCCCGACGUCCCGGGGGAGUCUCGGGCCGUGGGGGAGGCAGCUUCUCCCGGAGCUCACACGGAGGCCAGGCCCGGGGGGGGGGGGCAGCAGCGCGCCUCAGAAAAGCCCGGAGCCAGGCUCUGCACGGCGCCGGAGAGCCCCCAACCCCAGGGGCUGAGGAAGAAGAGGAUCCCGGGACUGCUGCUCUCCAAGCGCUCCGAGGGCCACACCUCGGGAAACCGUCUCUCCCCAUCCUACAGACAGGAAAGUGGAGGCUGCCCCGGAAGCAGCAGCUCGCUCCCGCGGCCCCCAAGUUUUCCGGACGUGCUCCAGCGUCCCUCCCCGCCUCCGCGCCCGCUCCUCUGCCUCACUCCCUCUCGGGGUCCUGGGAAGGGAUGCCAAGGCGCGGAGCUCCCGGCCCACCUGGAAGCGAAGGCGGCUCCCGGAUCCCUGAGCUUCAGAAGUGGAGCAGCAGAGAGGCCCCCGAGAGGAAACGGGCAAGGCUGAGGCCCGAUGCCAGGCUCAGAACACCCCCUCCUCACUCCCUGGGGAACCUCCUGCCUCAGUUUACCUAUUUGCAACGUGAAGAAGCUGGACUCCCGACCUGCCAAGACCUUCCCUAUUGCAGUUGCGAGUCUCCUCCCCGUGGCCACGCCCCUGGCCGGGAAGCCCCGCGGGCCCAGAGCAGCCGGUCAGGGUGGACCCUCGGGCCCCCCCCCCCCACUCACAGGAACGGGAGGUUUUCCGGGAACCUUCCCAAAGGCAGGUUCUGUCACUUGGAGCCGCAUCAGGCCUGCUGGUGCCGAGGGGACGGGUGGGGGUGGGGCAGAGACCUGAGGUCAGCGUGGGGACCAGGGCACCUCCGGGGGGGCACCCCGGGGCCUCUGCCCAGCCUCGCCCCCACCCGGGCCCGUUCCUCGCCCGGCCUCCUGCAGCCGCCAGCGGGCCCCGCGUCCUCGGCCAAGUCCCCCACCGGAUGGGGAGGCUGGGGGAGCCCCCUCCCCGCUCCGGGCCUCGGUUUUCCCCAUCUAUAAAAUGAGACACCAGCCUGAGUGGGCUUUUCCCCACUGACAUUCUGCAUUCCUGCAUCUGUGGUUUCCCGGGUCAGUGACAAGGACCGCCUGACAUUGGCUCGGCACUCGAUGCCCCCUAGGGCCAGCCCCCCGGGCCCAGAGACUCCCCGGAGCGCCAGGCGGGCCCCCGCCGACGGGCGAGCGGCCGGGCUCCCUCAUUCGUUCACUCAUUCACCCAUUCAACAAACCCUCUGCCUACAAAGACUUGGUGUGUGGAAAGACGGGCUCGCGUCGAAGGCCGCCAUGAGAGCGACAGGCACAAGAUGCCCUCCCCCACGCCCCCUCCCGCCCUGCCUCAACUCCCAUCGGGCCCCUGGAGUACAAGCUCGCCGUCCCGGUGCCGCCGCGGCCCGAGCAUGCCUUGGAUCGCGCGCCCGCUCAGACACUGGGCAUCUCGACCCGCGCGGGCGGCCGGGGCCGUCUGCCUGAGAUGGGGCCCGGCGAGGCCCCGUUCCGGAGGGACGUCGCGCCGGGAAAGCCGGGAACGGCCGGCAGACCGGCCGGGGCGACCCCUCGCCGCCCUCGAUAUUCUAAAUGGACACGUGGCUUGGAAAGGACCAAAGUAGGACAAAGAGCCCACAGUUCUGGGGAGGGGGAUGGGACUGACCACUCCCCGGUGACCCGACGGUCCCAAGGGACGAACGGUUCUCCCCGUGGCUGCCGCACAACAAAUGCUCCGAACCGCCAGGAGAUGUCACUUCGGCCAGAAGCGUCACCUCGUCCUCUGCAAAUGGGAAAAAGGACAAAAAGGGCACAAUGGGAGGGGGUGGGGGACGAGGAGCCGCCGGGGGCAUCGCCGGUGAAGCCGAGAACCGGCCGCUCUGAAAAGUAACCUGGAAGUCUGCAAAUAAAGUGACGGAAACGUCCGUGCCGGGAACCAGACUCGCCACUGUGGGCACGGGCCCGCCACAGAAACGGGGCCGGGAGCUAAUGGAAGGUGCCGCGCCGCAGAACCGGGGGCCGUCCCGAAACGAGGUGGGAGGGGCCCACGGUUGGGGCACAAGGGCCGUAAGUUGGGAGAGGGAGGGGUGACUUAGCUCUGGGGUCUUUGGAGGAGGGAGAAGUCGGCCCAAAGCAGCAGAGAACAUCAUGAACCGCCAAAGGGACGACUUUGGUUCCCUUAAAUUCAAGGUCAGACCAAAGGGAAGCGCAAAGCUGGGAAAGCUCGAGGGCCAAGUGUGGGACAAAGGUCACGUUUCUGUUACUAUACAGGGUCAAAGGCGAGGAAACGAAAGCUCUAGUCACAUGAAAAAAUGCUCUCCUGACGAAAAUUAAAACUGGGAGACCCCACCUGGCACCUCUCAGACUGGGAGAACCGUGGGAGGGAGGUGGGGCCUGAGGCCCAGCUGGCGGAACGAUCCCACCUUUCUGGGGAGCUGUGCCCCAAGUCCCCUCUGCCCCGGCGGGGCCAUUGCUGCGUCCGCGGCCCAAGUAGAGGGAAAGGGACCCCAGCUGCAGCCACGUAUGGAGCGCUCUUCCUGGUGAUUAGGAAAUGAGUUUGGAAACGAGAUGACCAGUGAAUGGCCGGACAGGUGGGGGUACAUGUGGGCGAUCUCGAGACCCUGGAUGGAAACUUCAUGCCAUCCGCACCCGAGAGAACCAUGGGGACUGAACGUAAACCAACUCCCGCCCUGUCCCCUUUGGUUCCCUCUUCUCUCCCCUGGUUUUUCCUUCUCAUUUUCCCCAACAUAUUCAAAAAGCAUUGUGGGUGAUGGACACAGGGAAGCAGGAAGGGAGCAGAGCCGAUGGAAAACGCCCCCCACCCCCACCCCAGUGAGCAUCCGGGCAGGGGCGAGCCACAGGGUCCUCCCUGGCCAGUAUCAGCAAUGGCGACCUUGGUCAGUGGGAAGGGUCUCUGGGAGGACAGAGGGACACGUGGAGGCGGCGUUGCAGCUACAACAUAAAAGUACAUUUCUGCCCACUGGGCGGUUCCUCGUCCCUGGUUCAUGUGUCCGGGGUGGUCCUGGGGCCAUGGAGUAUGGGACCGAGGCUGUUGCCCCCAGGGCGGAGCCGGGACGGACCUCGCUUUGUCUCGAGACGGGGAAGGCUUGGAGGCCUGGGACUGGCUCAAGGUGCCCUGGCGACGUCGGAGCGGCCCCCACUCCUUCCUGGGAAGGGAGCUCCGUCUGGCCACCGGCUCUCAGUGGCCUGUGAAAUGAGGAUAAAAGUAGGGAUUUACAAAAUGCUCCAGCUGCUCAGGGUCGUCCACGACCGCCAGGCCCCGGGACACUCCAGGGGCAACAGGUCUCU